GGUUGUGACACUAUCGCCGUUUUCACACACAGUGCAGAGUUAUGGAGUUGAGUUUCGCACAGACUGUAACAUUUAUAGCCGGUACUGUAAACGCUAAUAUUGUUAUCUGAGUUCGGGUUUCGGGAUCACAGACCCGAGUAAACAUGUCGGAGAACAUUAUCAUUCGUGUCCAGUCUCCAGAGGGGAUGAAAAAAAUCACUUCAACCAAGCGGGAGACUGCUGCGGCUUUUCUGAAGAAGGUUGCUAAAGAGUUUGGUUUCAGCUCGAAUGGGUUUUCUGUCUACCUGAACCGCAACAAGACAGGCGAGAUUCUCUCUCAGAACAAGACCCUUAGUCUGCUUAAAAUCAAGCAUGGAGACAUGCUCUUUCUCUUCCCAUCAUCAGCUGGAUCCUCCAGUGAGAACAUGGACACAGCGCAGCCUCACUCUUCUCUGUCUUCUUCUUCCUCAUCCUCCUUGUCCCGUUCACACUCGGCACCGCAGAUCCAAGAGGAUGAGAUCGAUCAGUAUCUGGCCAAGCAGGACGGCAAGAUAUACAGAAACCGAGAUCCCCAGCUAUGCCGGCAUGGUCCCAUGGGGAAAUGUGUUCACUGUGUACCUUUAGAGCCUUUUGAUGAAGACUACCUGAAUCAUCUCGAUCCACCUGUUAAACACAUGUCGUUCCAUGCCUACAUCCGCAAACUGACAGGUGGAGCAGACAAAGGCAAGUUUGCAGCAUUGGAGAACAUCAGCUGUAAAAUCAAGUCAGGCUGUGAGGGCCAUUUGCCCUGGCCUGAGGGCAUCUGCACCAAAUGCCAGCCCAGUGCUAUCACCCUCAACAGACAGAAAUACAGACACGUGGAUAACAUCAUGUUUGAGAACCACACCAUCGCAGACCGUUUCUUGGACUUCUGGAGGAAAACAGGAAGUCAGCGGAUGGGCUAUCUGUAUGGCCGCUACACAGAGCAUAAAGACAUUCCACUGGGAAUCCGUGCUGAAGUGGCCGCCAUUUACGAACCACCACAGAUUGGCUCUCAGAACAGUCUGGAGCUCAUUGAUGACCCCAGAGCUGCAGCAGUGGAGGAGAUCGCUGCUAAACUGGGUCUCUGCAAGGUGGGGUGGAUCUUCACAGACCUGCUGUCGGAGGAUACAAGAAUAGGCACAGUGCGUUACACUAGAAACAAGGACUCAUACUUUUUGAGCUCAGAGGAGUGCAUCACGGCCGGACACUUCCAGAACCAGAACGCCAAUUCAUGCCGGCUCUCUCCUGAUGGCCACUUUGGAUCAAAAUUUGUCACAGUGGUAGCAACAGGUGGUCCUGAUAACCAGGUACAUUUUGAGGGAUACCAAGUGUCUAACCAGUGCAUGGCCUUGGUGAGGGACGAGUGCCUGCUGCCCUGCAGAGACGCUCCUGAACUCGGCUAUGCUAAAGAGUCUAGCAGUGAGCAGUACGUCCCUGACGUCUUCUAUAAGGAUAAAGACAAAUUUGGCAACGACAUCACAUACUUGGCCCGGCCUCUACCAGUGGAGUACCUAAUUAUUGAUAUCCCCACCACUUUCCCUAAGGACCCUGUGUUCACCUUUUCCUCCACGCUCCGCUUCCCCAUCGAGAACAGAGAUGCACUGGGAGAAACACAGGACUUCCACAGUUUAGCUACAUAUCUCUCCCAGAGCUCCUCCUCGUCCUUUUUGGACAUCGUCUCUGACUUCCACCUGCUCAUCUUUCUCGUCACUAAUGAGGUCAUGCCUUUGCGAGACAGUAUUGGGUUGUUACUGGAUGCUGUGAAAACCUCAAAUGAAGAGCUGGCACAAACCUGGAAGAAAUCUGAGCAGUGGGCUACAAUCGAGCAACUCUGUAGCACAGUGGGAGGGCAGCAGGGAGGCUCUCUUGACUACGCCAUGGGUGGCCCGUCUAUCCCAGCAUCCUCCUCUGCCAUGUGGUCCUGCCUCCACUGCACCUUCAUGAACCAGCCGGGAACGGAGCACUGCGAGAUGUGCAGCCUGCCCCGUAGUUAAAAAAUAAAACACCACCGCCCUGGCAGACAGCAGCAGGAGUGGGCUUCAACCUGUUCUCAAAGCCCCUCCCCUCUUACACACUCGCUCCACCCCCAUCAGAACUCCGCCCACUUCAUCACUGCCUGUCCUGGGUUGCUAUGCGAAUACCAGUGGUGUGCUAGGCUACAUGUCCAAAGCUAACAAUGAUUGUGUUCCUGUAGCCUCUUUGCAGUGGCCACAAGGCAUGCUGGGAUUGAUUUAGGUAAAGCACUUGGCCAAGGUUUCUUUCUCUCUGCGGUCAAAAAUGAGUUGACUGCGUUGUUGCGUUCUGGACGUUGAUGAAACUUGCUGAAUUUGUUUUUGGAAUUAAAUUUAUGCCCCCAUCCUUAAUUCUCACAGCCUGGAGAUGUGUUGUGUAAAUAAUAUGCAGAUUGAUACUGAUACUGUUAUUUAAUUUCAGUGAGGCUUCUUUCUUUUUUUUUUGAACCAUAGUUAUAUGUAUAUUGAUUGAAUUUAAUACAAUCCUGUUUUCCAAAAAAAAAAAAAAAAAAAGCCCUAUUGAGGUGAAUAAGCACUUGGUGGAUUUUCACGAAACAAAAUGCACACUGCAACACACAUGAAACAACUGUCCAGAUCAUUGGACCCUUCAACUCACCGUAACAGCUUGUUCUUGAGUUUUAAUUGAGACUCCCUAUUAAAGGUUGCACAAGCCUUUUUCUCAGUCA